AUGUACAGACAGGCAACUCUCCCAGAGAUCCCUCUCCCAACAUUCGCAGGCGACUCAUCAACGUGGACGCAGUUCAGGGACAUGUUUACAUCCCUCGUUCACGAUCGAGAAGAUCUCAGACCAGUGGCCAAACUACCUUACCUUAAGGCCAAUGUAUCAGUUCCCCCACUUCAAUUGAUCCGUCAUGCUGUGAUGAACGACGAUGGAUACGAACCAGCGUGGAAUCAACUCAAGUCCAGGUAUGAUGAUCCAGAGCAACUCAUCUUCGCCCACAUCAAGGACUUGUUCAGUGUGACCACACCAUCAUCGAAGUCAGCUGAACAACUCGAUAACCUGGUAGACGUUGUACGCCAAAACUUAGAUGCCUUGAAGGCACUCAAUGUCCCAGUCGACUCAGCAAACUACUUCUUGGUAUACCUGGUGGCCAGUAAACUUGAGCAGCCGCUACGUGAGUCAUGGGAACUCGAGCGAAGUAGGUCUCGCUCACCGACAACUCUAGACAGUCUACUCAACUUCAUCUCAACCAGGGCACGUGCGAUGGAGUCAGCUCAAGAUGCAGCCCGGCAAGCAAAACGGUGGCCUACUCCAGUGAUCACGAAGAAGUCCAGAUCACAACAACAGUCCAAUCGCCAGCAGACAACUCACUCGCAGACGAAUCGAGCCUCCAGGCAUGGGGCUCAAAAAAGACAAGCAGACUCCCCCCGUGAUCAAUGCAGCAGUUUGGAUCACUAUUUGGUUGACUGUAAAUCAUUCGUAGGACUCUCGCAACAAGACCGAUACAAGCUGGUCCUCGCAGCACGGCUGUGCUUUAACUGCUUCGGCCACCACUCCAUCCAGGUGUUUCAAUCAGAGAAGAGGUGCAGUACGUGCAAUUUAAAGCACCACUCAAUGAUCCAUACGCCCAGGACAGAGUCCUUGAGAAAAAGAGGGUAUGGCCCAGGCCAAGAACCGCAGCCUACUCAACCAGGUCAAGAGCCAUCAACCUCCCAGCAGUGA